GGAGGAUCUUGUUCAAAAUGAAGCACUAGAAAGGGCAGCUCUUCUCCGCCGGUGCCUGUCAAAUACAAGCAUGCCUUUCUCCGACCUUCCCAACGAGCUGGUCCUCAUUAUCGCGAGCGAGCUUGACAACAUCUCGCUAAGUAGCCUUUCGAAAGUCAAUAAACGAUACCACUUGCUGCUGGAAAAUGACUUUCGAGAGCGUGCUAUUGGCGAACUUUCAUGGGCCAUUAAGUGCCGCAAGCUCCGGCUUUUACGGUGUCUUGUGGUACAUCACGUUAAGAAAGCGACACCAGGCAUCCUGAAUUAUGGGGCUGACAAUCAAUGGCCCAUUCUCCACGAAACUAUUUACCAGAAAGGCGACGAAUAUCUCGAUUUGACCCAAAAACUUUUUAAGCAUGGUGCAGAUGUAAAUCUUCGUUGGCUGAACGAAGACGAAGAGCCGUUUGAGCAAUCCCCACUCGAAGUAGCACUAGGUGAAGAGGAGCUUGAGACAGCAUCUGUAUUGAUUGGGCAUGGCGCAUUGCCUAACUUUGAAGAAGAAAGUUUGGCUGAGCUUGCGAAGCUCGUCAAUCUGUUCAUUGAAAAUGGUGCGGACCCGGGGGAACAAAUAAAUGGUCAGUGUUUCAUGGAUCGAGCUUCGGCAGAUCUCGUCAAGGAGAUAGCCAUGAUUCGUCUCACACCGCCGCAUUCUAUUGCAACAUGCGCACUUCGAGGCGUCGAAACAGCCUUCAAUAGGAUAAAGAAGACGCCCAUGACACGACAAAGACGUGGACCAACCAGGUUCUUAAGUGAUAGGAAUGCUCUGAAGGAGGCUUGGGCAAAGUUCGAAGCUGUUCACGGCGCCUUCAAGUCUAAGGAGGUUCCAAUGGUAGACAGCUUCUACGACUUCUGGAAUGAUAACCAUGCCGAGAUCGAACAACUUCUUGGGAGCAGUUGA